AACGCCCACCUCCGAACCGGGAAAGUCGUUUCUUCAAAGUGCCGACCCAAACAGUCGAGCACACGAGUGGAUCCGAAGAGACGCGCGCUGACAAACUUCACUUUUUUUGAAUGAUCAUUAUUAUCAAUGAAGUAUGACGUCAUGGCUGUGACUUUAAUGCGGCCAGACGCGCUUGUGAAGCCCGGGGAAAAGGACGCGGUCAUGCCGGUAGCGGACUGCGACGCGCCGCUGGAGGGGAGCAGCCAGGAGGCGGCGGAGGGCAUCUUCCUGCCGGCCUCGCUGUGCAGCCCGGCCGCAGACAUCCUGAAGAACUUCUACCACACCAAGCGGGUCGGCAACUACCUGAUCGGCCGGAAGCUGGGAGAGGGGUCCUUCGCCAAAGUCAGGGAGGGUCUCCAUGCGCUCACCGGGGAAAAGGUGGCGGUGAAGGUGAUCGACAAGCGCAAGGCCAAGAAGGACUCGUACGUGACCAAGAACCUGCGGCGCGAGGGCCACAUCCAGCAGAUGAUCCGCCACCCCAACAUCACGCAGCUGCUGGACAUCCUGGAGACGGAGAACAGCUACUACCUGGUGAUGGAGCUGUGCCCCGGCGGCAACCUGAUGAACCGCAUCUACGACAAGAAGCGUCUGGACGAGCGCGAGACGCAGAAGUACAUCCGGCAGCUGGUGCUGGCCGUGGAGCACCUGCACCGGGCGGGCGUGGUCCACAGAGAUCUGAAGAUCGAGAACCUGCUGCUGGACGAGCAGGACAACAUAAAGCUGAUAGACUUUGGACUGAGCAACUGCGCCGGCAUCCUUGGGUACUCGGAUCCCUUCAGCACCCAGUGCGGGAGUCCCGCCUACGCUGCUCCUGAACUGCUCUCCAGGAAGAAAUACGGACCCAAAGUUGACGUUUGGUCCAUAGGCGUGAACAUGUACGCCAUGUUGACGGGUACACUUCCCUUCACCGUGGAGCCCUUCAGUCUACGGGCCCUGCACCAGAAGAUGGUGGACAAGGAGAUGAACCCUCUGCCACCAUCGCUCUGCACAGCCGCCAUCUGCCUCCUGAAGAAGCUCCUAGAGCCGGACCCCAACAAGCGGCCCAACAUCCACCAGGUGAUGGCGGACUCCUGGCUGCAGCUGGCCAACAAGAACACGGGGGCUCCGUACCUCAACAGGAUCCACAUCGAAGAAAUCAACCACACGGUGUUGCUGCACAUGACGGAGAAGAUGGCGUACAAGCACAGCGAGGUGCUGAGCGCCGUGCUCACCAACCGCGCCUGCCACACUCUGGCCGUUUACUUCCUCCUCAACAAGAAGAUGAAGAGGCUCUCCAAAGAGUACAGGGAGAUGCAGUUCCAAGAGAAGAAGAAAGGGGACAAGCAGAAAAACGAAUACUUCCAGACGCAGUGGAGGAAGCAUGUGGACAAGCUCACCAUCCCACCCAAGCAGACUCCCGUCUACCUGGCGGUGAGCAAGGGGCCCAGCAAGGAGAAGAAGCACCGCACAGGUCUGUUACGUGCUAUAACUGGUGGCCAUCGUAACUCCCCCCUGGCGCCGCCCGGCACUGUGGCGUCGUCCUCCAUGGAAUACCUGGAGAUCCAGCCUCUCUUCUCCAACACGCCACAGCAGCGGCGGCGCCUGGCCACGCUCCCGCCGGUCGCCACCAGCCCGGAGCACAACAUCCCCGCUCCGCCGGCACCGUCGCCCAUCGGCAUGCAUUCCUUCGGCUCCCUCUCCAAAGCCGAGCAGAUGCCGGACACGCCGACGUCGUCGCCGUGGUACAAGUUGACCAACGGGACCCUGUCGCCGCCCCGCCACGUCUCCGCCUUCCAGCCUGACUCCUCCUACUUGAAAAAGGCGACCAUCCCCAGUCCCCCCGUCCUCAUCGUCAACCCGCAGCCGAGGAAGAGCACUUCCACCGACUGGUGCGGUUCCUCCGACACCAGCGGCAGCCCUCCCAGCACCAUCGGAAGCCCGCCGGGUAGCUCGGCCUUCAGCCCGCCUAAGUCGGCCUUCAGCGCCCUCAACCCCUCAUCCGCGUUCAGCCCGCCGUCCAACAGCAGCAGCAGCGACCCCGACAGCCCGACUCACCGCAGCAAGUUCCCGUCCAUGGGGAUCGGACAGAUGCUGAAGAAGAAGGUGCAGCUGCAGCCCUUCAGCUUCCGACCGGAACAGGUGCUGGAGGAGGUGGUAUCCCCGCCUCCUUACCCCAUGCAGACGCUCCUUUGCGCGUCGGGUGCACUCAAGACCCUUUGCUAACCAGCCCUGCCCUCUUUUAACGUCAGGUCUAUAAAAACUGUGAACUCCCGCGUUUAUUUUGCCACUGAGCCACUUUGACUGGAAAUUGAUCUCAAGGUGACUUCAAGACGAUGAGAUUUGGAACGGAUCCUCAAGCAAUGACUCAAACGUCCCUGACAGAGUGAACAGAGGACACACUGUAUCAUACACUGAGUUCUGUAAUAAUCCAAGUGGUUACGAACUGAGCCGCAGACUGAUUCGCACCAGCUAAACGACCCAGAUCUUCCCCGAGCCCUCAAUACACGCCUGCGUGUUUUUGUGUUGUCUGUGAAAUCAAUCUUUUUUUUGUGAAACUUUAAAACGGACCUCCAGCUCAGCCAGCACCGUAGUAUUUCCUCAGCGCUGACUGGAAGACCGAGACUCGCUGCACUAAGUCUGGAAAAACCAAAAUGUCUCGCACUCACAGUGUUUAUCACCACUUACCUCACGCUCGAACUGUGACCACGCCCGAGCGUUUUUCUAGAUGAAGUACGAGUAGGUGCCAAGUCUUUUCGUUUUUUCUAGGUAACAUUCGUUUUUCAGCUUUGACUUUUUGUAAAGUACGUUCGUAAGUACACGGGAGUGUUAAAGGCUGAGUGUAAGGGCAUGGUAGCCGAUCAAAGCCCAGAAAGAAGCAUUAUUGGGAAAAUACACCAUGACAAUGUGAAAGGAUGAAUGAUUGGUGUAUGUAAAGUGAGCAAACAAGUCAACGAAAAGGGUACUUUAGCAUGCGAAUGAAAGGCCAUAACAGACAAGUAGGGAUGGGUACCAAAUUUAGUACUUUACAUAGACUGACAGAAUUCCGUCAGUACUACCAGGUACCGUCCGUCCAUCCAUCUUCAACCGCUUAUCCGGAAUCGGGUCGCGGGGACAACAGCUCCAGCAGAGACCACCAGACUUCCCUCUCCAGAGCAACAUUAGCAACUUCCUCCUGGGGGGUCCCGAAGCGUUCCCAGGCCAGAGAGGAGAUCUAAUCCCCCCAUCUGGUCCUUGGCCUGCCGCGGGGUCUCUUCCCAGUGGGAUGUGCAACAGGGGCCUCCGUAGGGAGACGCUCGAGAUGCCCAAAACCACCUAGGCUGGCCCCUUUCCAAGCGAAGGAGCAGCGGCUUUACUCCGAGUCUCUCUCGGGUGACUGAACUUCUCACCCUAUCUCUAAGGGAGAUCCCAGCCACCCUUCUGAGAAAACUCAUUUGGGCCGCUUGUAUCCGCGACCUUACUCUUUCGGUCAAGACCCACACUUCAUGACCAUAGGUGAGAGUAGGAAUAUAGAUAGCUCGGUAGACCGAGAGCUUUGUCUUCUGGCUCAGCUCCCUCUGGAGAGUUUAAGUAUCUCGGGGUCUUGUUCCAGGUACCGAUUCACGCAAAAUCGAACGGUAUCAUACGUCCUUCCUUUUUUUGCACAUGAAGUUGCAUCCGGUUUGAGGAUCAAACAAUGCACUCAAAAUUAAGUCGGCACUUUUUCAGAAUGCGCUAGCUCGGCGCUAAUUUACACUGCAUAUGUCAUAGACGCGCUAAUGAUUAGCAUUAGCGAUUAUACAUGGCGAUUUCAGCACCUCCAAAUUUGAAACUUUUAUCAGUAGAUUGCACAGGACAGAACGUAUUCCGUACAAUCCACCACUAAAUGGUAAAACCCGAAUAAGUUUUUAACUUGUUUAAGUCGGGGUCCACAUUAAUCAAUUCAUGGCCAUGAAAACUCAAUCAAUCAAUGUUUACUUAUAUAGUCCUAAAUCACAAGUGUCUUAAAGGGCUGCACAAGCCACAACAACAUCCUCGGUUCAGAUCCCACAUCAGGGCAAGGAAAAACUCAACCCAGUGGGAUGACAAUGAGAAACCUUGAAGAGGGCCGCAGAUGUGGGUGCCCCCACCCUCUCUAGGGGAGACCGGUGCAAUGGACGUCAAGUGGGUCCAGCGUAAUAUUGUGAAAGUCCAGUCCAUAGUGGAUCUGACUUAAUAGUGAGAGUCCAGUCCAUAGUGGGACCGGCAGGAGACCAUCCCUAGUGGAGACAGGUCAUCAGCCCAGAGAUGUCACCAACCGAUGCACAGGCGAGCGGUCCACCCUGGGUGGCCAUGGUCUUCAUCCAUGGCCACCGAACCUGUGCCCCCCCUUCCACACGAGGGAGGGGGGAAGAGUAGAAAAUGUAAGAAACGGCAGAUCAACUGGUCUAAAAAGGGGGUCUAUUUUAAGGGUAGAGUAUACAAAUGAGUUUUAAGAUGGGACUUGAAUGCUUCUACUGAGGAAGCAUCUCUAAAUGUUACCGGGAGGGCAUUCCAGAGUACUGGAGCCCCGAUACAAAACCCUCUAUAGCCCGCAGACUUUUUUUGGGCUCUGGGAAUCACUAAUAAGCCGGAGUUCUUUGUAGGCAGAUUUCUUGCCGGGACAUAUGGUACAAUACAAUCGGCAAGAUAGGACGGAGCUAGUAUUUUCUACGUAAGUAGUAAAACCUUAAAAUCACAUCUUAAGAUAACUACGACCAAGAUGCAAGUUCCAAUCUAACACUUCCAGUACAAAGCCUUUGUAGGACUCAACACAAUCCAAGACUGGCACAUUCAACCAUCGAUAAAAAUAUAUAUUACUAGAUGUAGAACCCAUGCAGUGCAAAAAACAAAACAAAAACCAACAGCCCUAACUUAACCCUAACUGGGGCGGUAUAGCUCGGUUGGUAGAGUGGCCGUGCCAGCAACUUGAGGGUUCCAGGUUUGAUCCCCGCUUCUGCCGUCGUGUCCUUGGGCAAGACACUUUACACACCUGCUCCCAGUGCCACCCACGCUGCUUUAAAUGUAACUUAGAUAUCGGGUUUCACUAUGUAAAGCGCUUUGAGUCACUAGAGAAAAGCGCUAUAUAAAUACAAUUCACACUAACUUCCUCACUUCUAAAAAUGUUUUUCAUGCGGUUUACUUUAUUGACAAGGUAAAAACUACUAAUACACAUUUCAAGAGCACAGCGUAUUUUGCAAUCAUAUGCAGUGUCUUUGUUUCAGUGCCAUCUAAAAAAAAUUGCACUUUGUCUGUAGGAGCUUGGGCUGGCUCUAGGCACUAAAAGGGGCGUGUCAUAUCUACUUGUAUUAUCUAUGCAUUCAAAUUAACGGGACAAUUAACAUGUGCUUGCAAAUGAGCGUUAAAGGUGUAACAAAACAAAAUAUAACAACUAGUUAGAGUUAUCAUGUCAUUGUUAAAUGUUACAUUAAAAAAGUUUUAAUUUUAUGAACAACAAAUGAACAUGAACAUAUAAAAGUACCAAUAUUAACACAUAGGUACUGAAUAUUGGUACCGUAUCGGUUCCAACGGGGAAAAGGUACCCAUCCCUAUAGACAAAUAUAAAAGGAUAUAUUUGUGUGGACUUGGACUGGAUCCGCCUCGUCUGUUCCUAGUCACUUUUCAAGAAAAACUCAUUUCAAACAACGAGCCUUAUAAAACUAAACCAACCUCGAGUAAAAUAACAACACGUUUUUUUGUUUUGUUUUUUAAACAAAACACACACAAAAAAAAACAACGAUUCACUUUGGCGGGAACCAGGACCCGUGCGCUUACCCAGGUGGAACGGACGUGGUUACAAAGUCACUGUUAAAGCAUACUUGCCAACUCUCCCGAUUUUCCCGAAUUUCAGUGCCCCUCCCAAAAAUCUCUUGGUGGCGUGCCUUUAGGCACUACCUUUAGCGUCCUCUACAACCUGAAAAGGAGACUAUUAUACAUGUCUCCGUUAUCCACAGGUUGAUCUAUAACCCACAAAGCAGGCAGGCACGGACCUAUUUCUCAGUGUGUGUUUAUUCCAGCCGGCACGUUAAUACACUGAGAAACAGCAUUCCGGAUUCCCAUCAUGCAUUGCUUCAAAACUACGGCAAGUAGUUAAUGUCCAAAAACAUAACAAGAGACGAAGCGGAAGAUCGAAGAAAAGACAUGGCGAUGACGAGUAAGAAAAGAACAAGUACGCUUGCAAGUUUUAAAAUGAUUGGGAAAAAAUAAUCUCAGUUCAUCCAGGACAGCUCGAAGGGGAAGAUGUAUGCUGCCUGAUAAUUUUGUACGGUGGCCAAACGGAUAUACUCAUUCAUGAACGGUUUAUAUAUAUAUAUAUAUAUAUAUAUAUAUAUAUAUAUAUAUAUAUAUAUAUAUAUAUAUAUAUAUAAGAAAUACUUGAAAAUAGUUGGCCAAACAAUAUUCCGAAACCACGCCCAUACCAGCUGGAUGACCGCAUGGUCCUAGUGCCCGCCCGACCACUUCCUUUUUGUCUUAAUGCUGUAGUUUGUGCAAUAUUUUUUUUAAAUGUGACUAACGAGGAAUUUGCCAAGAUGUGAAAAAGAAAAACAAAAAACAACAGCAUGUAAAUAUGUGUAAAUAUUUGUUUGUCCUCACUUUUCAAAGUGUUAGGCUUCUUUAGCCGCACCGGCCCCCGCACUGUUACUGUUUGAACUACGUUGCAUGCAAUAUUGUCCCUGUCAGCGUUUGGAAAUGAUUUCAUGGAUUGUUACGUCUUUGUCUUUUUUGGCGGGAAGUCUUUUUUGUAAGAUUUUGUAACGGAAAGCUUUGGUUCGACGAGAGAUUUCUAUGCUGUAAAAGGUUAUUUUAAAUAUUUGUAUUGAACUCA